GUAUUUCGUGGUUGAACCUUCAGCACAAUAAGAUUUUAUCUACCAUGUUAGAAACAAGUCAGUUUCUGAGUUCGGAAAACAGAGGAAAGCAAAACCUAUCUUGUUGGCCGGGUGUAUUAUAUAUUUGGGGAUCCAUUUGGUUGUUAAUUACAUAGAGUUAGCGGGCUCAUUCUUAGUUAAACUCUGAAUAGCCAUAAAAUAAACAGAAGAAGAUUUAGCCCAGCCCAAGUAACUGGUAAGGGAAGAAAGACGACGGAAUCCCUUCAUUCUAAAAUCUGCAGUCGUCCCCCUUCCCUCUCUCUUCUCAUCACCCCUUUCCCUUCGCAUAUCACAGCUUUUUCUACCAAUCCCUAAUCCUUUGAUUGAAAUCAUUCUUCACACAGCGGCGUCAUCCUCAUUGCCAGUCUCGUCCAGCUUUGACCUGGGUCCACCUGGUUUACCUAACUACCCUGUUCUGGCCGGUUUGGUCAUAUGGGUAUCGGUUUCUUAGUUUUAUACUCGGGCUUCUCUGUUUCCAGUUUCAGCAGCACUUUUUGGAGGAGAUAAAGAGGGAGAGAGGAAUCAAAUAGGAGGUGGGUAACGCCGAAACUUUGGCGGGAGUCACGUUAUUCGCAGAGCCCUCUGUUCGGUUAUUGUAGGUAACAAAUUCGCCCCACCAAACCAAAGAGACACGAGGGCCAGCACCGUCUUCUUCUUCUUCUUCUUCUUCUUCUUCUUCUUCUUUCCCACAGUAUUCAGUACUCACAAACAAGUUCAUAAAUUGAACUGCCUCGUCAUUUUAUACAGACAAUCAGAGCAUGCAAAGGGAAGGCUGCAGCCUCUAACCUUACUCCUCCCUUCUCUCGCGCCUUCUACCGGAAUCUGCUCCCCCUUUCGUCGGCUCUUUCAGGUUCUUUCUCCGAUUUCCCUAUUGCUUUUGCUACUGCAAUGGGAGAAUCUGUUCUAAUUUCUCUGCUUCAUUUUUUGGUGAUUUGGGUUCUUUGUCCGAGUACCCUUUACCAGUUUUGACUUGAGCUUUGUGGUUUAACUUUCCGAUUGGGUUGGGUUUGUUUGAUCCGAUAGAAAGUUGCUGCCUUUUUUCUGGUUUUCUAGCUUUGAUUUGUAUUCUUGUGAUGAAUAAGCUGUAGGUAAUUUUUUUUAUCAUGCUGUUCAUUCUAGCAAGUCAAUAACUCAGAUUUGCAUUCUUGUGAUGAACAGGUUAGGUAUUUUCACGAUUGAUUCUGCCCUCUAAUCCAAAAAGUGUGGGGGGAAAUGGAUAAAGCUAAUGAUAGAGCCAGUGGGUUACUAGGCAGAUUAAGUGGUUUCAUGAGGAGUUGCCUCUUCAGAGUCCUACGCAUGGGUCCAAUCCCAACCCAUUACUCCUUCAUAAUGGAUGGCAAUCGACGUUACGCCAAGAAGGUGAACAUGGGGGAAGGAGCUGGUCACAGGGCCGGGUUCUUCGCCCUAGUCUCGGUGCUCAAGUACUGCUACGAAGUCGGGGUGAAGUACAUCUCCAUCUACGCCUUCAGCAUCGACAACUUCAAGAGGCGCCCCGAUGAAGUCAAGACCAUAAUGGACUUGAUCCUCGAGAAGAUCGAGGGGCUUCUCGAGGAAGGCAGCAUUGCAGAUCAGUACGGCGUUAGGGUUUACUUUGUUGGAAACUUGAAGCUGUUGGACGAGCGAGUGAGGAUUGCAGCGGAGAAAGUCAUGGAGGCUACUGCACAUAACUCCAGGUGUGUGCUCUUGAUCUGCAUAGCUUACACUUCAUGCGAUGAGAUUGUGAACUCGGUUAGAGAGUGUUGUAAGGAUAAGUUGGAGGAGAUUGAAGACAAAGAGGGCGAUGGUGGUGGGGUGGUGGUGAAUGAGCAUUCGGCUAUACAGUUAGUGGACAUUGAGAAGCACAUGUACAUGGGAGUAGCUCCCGAUCCUGAUGUCUUGUUGAGGACAUCAGGGGAGAAGAGGUUGAGCAAUUAUCAGCUGUGGCAGACGACUCAUUGCACGCUGUAUUCGCCCACAGCGUUAUGGCCUGAGAUCAGUCUGUUGCAUGUAGUGUGGGGAAUACUGAAGUUCCAACGGAGCUAUGCUUACUUCGAGAAGAAGAAGAAGAAGAUGUUGUAGAUUAUGGAAGGUCUACAUAUAGGGGCUCUCCUCUAUUGUGUUGUAAGCUUGUUGAAAAAUCUCUGCUCCUGAUUUACCUCGAAUAGAGUGCUCACGUUUGCAUUCUGCAUACAGGCAGUUUCUAUAGAUGAUCUUGAUUCAUGGUUGAGUUGAAGUUAUAUAUGUGAUGAUAAUAGCAUCAUUAAUUCUGUGCUUAUUUUGUGAUAAUGCUGAGAACAGUGAGAUGGCUGAGAUGACUGAAGGUAUUCAAUUGAGUUAGUGGGUUCUGAGAAUAUCAGCUUUUCCAGUUUCCUGAAGUCACUCUGCAUUUUGCAGUCUCCCAUUUGAUCAUUUGGCUUCAUUUGAUCUUUCUUCUGAUGGCCAUGGCUUGUAGUCAGUUAAUAUAUUCUGAGGGUGAGA